UUCUAUGCAACACAGCGACCUCAACAAGACAACGGUAGUAAAGAAAGAUUAUCUAUAAUAGUAUUGUUCAUAGGUGUAACGUUGUUUUUAUUCAGCCAAACUUGAUUAAUCACACAGUCGUUGUUAAGAAGAUCCAUUAAACCAGUUUGAUAGCAAGGUCAAACGUAUUUAAAAAUAUGGAGAAUCCCAGAUUAUAACGGUUAUCUCAAUGUGUUUUCAUGCGAUAAUAUUCUGGUAGUUUCAAAAUGUCCCUUAAAGAAGUAGUAUUGUUUUUUACAUUGUUAACAAGAUUUUACUGUAAUGGAGAAUUCGUAAUUCCGGAAGUUACAUUAGAAGCAUAUGAUCCAAAAGGAUUUAGGGCAUCCAUUCCAGCAAUAAAUGGAAUUCAAAUGUUUGCUUUCCACGCAAACGUUAACAAUGACAUCAGUCAAGUUGAGCCAGGCAAUUUUAGUAAAGAUUUCACAGAACCAACAGAUGGAAAUUUGUGGUCUUACUACAAUUCUGAAUUACAGUUAAAAAUUGGCGAUGAGGUUAAUUACUGGAUAUUCGUCCAAUACGAAAAGCUGGGCUACAGAAAGGAUAAUCUGAAAUGGAAGGUCACUGAACUGGUGAAGAUAGGAGAUAAACCCUGCAAAAAUAGUAUAACAUCUGUAAGUGGCAAAACGCUUAUUUGUAAAGAUGAUCUCGUUUUUGAAGAACAGUUUAAUAAACCCAAAAUAGAUGAUAAGAAGUGGAUUAUAGAACAGUACAUACCCACUUAUAACAGCUUGGACUAUGAAUUUGUUUCUUAUCAAAACAGGCCAGAAGUUUGUUUCAUAAAUGACAACAAACUAUUUAUUAAACCAAAAAUUGCCAGUAGCGAUAAUGAAGUGAAUGGAGAAUUGGAUCUUCGAGGCAGCUGCACUAAGAAAACAGACGACGAAUGUUUCCACAAAAGAGAUAUUUAUUUAAUAGUUCCUCCAGUGACUUCCGGAAGAAUCGUUUCUCGUUUUAGAUUUAAAUAUGGAAAAAUUGAAAUCAAAGCGAAACUACCUUCUGGAGACUGGAUUUAUCCAGAGGUUUAUUUGGAACAAGUGAAUAAUCCAAGAAGAAAGUUAUGGAUUGCUUAUGCUAGGGGAAAUGACAAACUACUCGCAAACAACGAUGAAGAUAUAGGAGGAAGUUUACUGUUCAGUGGACCAGUUUUACAUCACCAAGAGCCAGAGAGAAGCCAAUACUUGAAAACUAAACGUGCUGAUAAACCAUUCACAAGUGAAAUACACAGGUACAUAGUAACCUGGGAGAAAGAUCGCAUUGCAGUUGAAGUAGAUGGAGACGUUUAUGCAGAAGUUGAUAAGAAGGAUGUUGAUAGCAUUGGAUUUGCAGAAAAUGACAUGGUUCAAAUUGUUUUGGGGGUCGGUGUGGGUGGUGUUAAUGACUUUCCAGAUAAUUAUCGAUCAGGAAGUAAUGUGAAACCUUGGGAAAAUAAUGAUAAUAAACAAGUGAAAAACUUUUACAUGGCAAAGGACAAUUGGAUGAAAAGUUGGAAACUAACAACAGAUAAUAGAGCCUUACAAGUCGAUUCAAUUAAAGUUUGGGCUGUGUAACAGUAUCCUCGUGCCAUAUUAUCUUUUAUAUGCAUAUACACAUGUGAUCACUUAAAUAAAUAAAAAAUAUUUUUAAUUAA